AAAAGAGAUCGCCGACCGGUACUCUGGUAGUACUCCGCGUGUUCUCCGCGAUACGAGAUUGCGAGAACGUGUCCCGCCGGCUCUGGAGCGUGGAGAUAGAGCGUUUUGCCUCCGAACCGGCGCGAGUCAAGCUCAACGACCAGUCCACGCACAUGACAUUCAGCACUCGACUGUAAGGAAGCACGGAACUUCUCUCUCUAUAACCAGGUAUCAAAACCGGUGUGCACACAGUGUUGUACACUGUGUUGUAUAAAGCGAUUCAACGACGCUUACAAUCUGAGCGGUACCUAAACGAGACACACGCGUAGGAGCGAACUUGACCCACAUCCAAGAAAGAGACGACGAAGCAAGACGUGUCGACACGAAAAUCGACCGCGACAAGAGUUUUGUGACGGAAAAAUUUCAAGGAUUCAACGAGGAUCGAAGUCACACUGUUCGCUCACACAGAAAAGUAUGGCGCGAGCAUGGGUAUUAUUGUUCAGCCUUUUGGCACUGGGCCACUGCCAAAUUAUUUACCCGGAUCAAUACGAGAUUAUGAAAGCGGCAUCGAAUAACAACAAUGGAGGUGUCCUGAACAGCAAUAAUCAACCGACACAGCAAUACAAUCCACAACUCGCAACCGCCGCUCAAGCAGCACCAGUACGUCCAUUAUCUACCACACCUCAAGCAGUGUACUAUCCCUCAACAACAAUCACAACACCGAUACCUAACCCGCAACCCUUGCCGCAAGAUUGGAGCACUCAUGUGAAUAAUAUCAUAGCCAGAGGCAUUACGAAGUUUGCCUUGCACUUGGACAGAGCGAUCUACAACACCAAGGACACUUCGGUAGCCAGCCGCCGUGAGAACACGAUCUUCUCUCCGCUCAGCAUAGGCGUUGCUUUGUCGAUGGUGCUGUUGGGUUCCUCCGGAAGCACCUUUAACGAGGUGUCGCGGGUGCUCGGUUUAGAAGCCGGUGUCGACAUAUCCCAAAACUCGGAAGUCGUUCAUCAGAUGUUCGGCUUGUUGCUGAACACCGUAAAUUACAGAGUCGAGGAAGGCAAAGGGCCGCGCGUCUCUUCCGCUAGCGGUAUCUUCGUCCAGGAGGGAUUCCCGAUUCGCCCUGAAUUCCGAGCGAUCAGCGAGAACGCAUACAAGAGCGAAGUGAUAAACCUAGAUUUCCGAAAGAAAGGUAUAGAAGCGAUGAAUACGAUUAACAACUGGGUGAAACAACGAACGAUGGAGAAGAUCUCCAGCAUACUGUCAAGUGUUCCGAGCCCGCUGACUAACGUGAUACUUGCGUCAGCGCUUUAUUUCAACGGCGAGUGGAAUCAGCAUUUUAUAAACCAAGCUACAAGGAGAAGACCAUUCUUUAUCGAGCCGAAUGAGUCGGUCGAGGUGGACAUCAUGUACAACGGAGGUUUCUUCCCCUUUUACGAGGACAAGUCACUCGGCGUUAAAAUGGUGCAACUACCCUACAAAGGAUUGGAGAUGUCCAUGUAUGUGCUUCUGCCGAAAGCUGAAGGUGCUACCGCUUUGAGAAACUUCAGCAACCAACUGACGGCGGAGAUCAUCGAACACCUGAUAAGUAACCUCAAGAAUGAGACCACCAUCGUCGGCCUGCCGCGCAUGAAGCUCUCGAGCUCGUUGAGUUUAAAGAGAGCUCUUCAAAAUUUGGGUCUACACUCGUUGUUCGAUCAAAACAGCGCGGACUUGAGCAUCCUGUCGAGCGGAUACGGCUCUCAGCCGGCCAUCGCUGGCACGGUGCGUCCUUACAUAAAACCACAAGCGGUGCUACCACAAACGGUGAUACCGCUCACGAAUCCACAAGUGACCCAAACGAUAAUAUCGAAUAUAACGCCACCGACCCAAACAUUGCCGCAAGGUUUACCGCAAACAUUGCCGCAAAGUUUGCCGCAAGCAUUGCCGCAAGCUUUGCCGCAAGCAUUGCCGCAAGGUUUGCCGCAACAAUUGCCGGAGAAUGUGUCGCGAACGUUACUUGUAAACUCACAGCCAGCGUUGUCGCAGGUACUGUCACAAGCACUGCCACAACCGUUGCCGCAAAUCGCAAAUCCGUUGAAGUCCAUGAACAGCUACAACGACUACUUGAUCUUCUCGCGACUCGGUCAAGGUGAUAAUGGGGCACCGGGCGGCGUGAGGGAAAAUUUCUUCAGGUACGACGAUAAACAAAGUGGUGUUACCGUGGAGCAGUGGGGCACAGGUUUUCAGAUUCGCAAAAUUCGCAGAGUACGCCGCGACACCGUCGACGGACGUGACGAUGACGCGUCUCGACUGACGUAUGUAGCCGAGAAGAACAAUGACGGUCUUCGCCGCGGCGACGAUUCGAGCACGAAGUUCGUUAGCCUGCAGGAGAAUAAAUAUCGCUUCCGCAACGUCGACAAGCAAAAGCGCGCAAACCGGAAAAGGCGUCAGGUCACCCGACCCAUGGACCAGAGUUUCCUACGAUUUAUCCAGAGCCUAAACUUCCCAUCCUACGGCUUAGACGAGUUGAGGAACAACGCGCAACUGACUAAUCCGGGUCUGUUCGCCGAUGACGUGCUGCACAAGGUAGAGAUGGACGUGACAGAACGCGGAACGGAAGCCGCGGCGGCGACUGCCGUGACUCUCCAACGGGACGGCAAUCAAAAGCGACUGAUGGCUAAUCGGCCUUUCCUCUUCUUCAUCCGACACGACCCGACUGGACUGAUUCUUUUCUGGGGAACGGUCAACACGCCGACUCCGAACUUCGCCGCUGUCAGAUGAAACCAACUGCGACGAACGUUUUCGGGAAUAUACAGAGUUCCUCUUCGAUAAUUUACACUCUCGCUCGCACUCUCGCGCGCGUACACACACAUACACGCAUGCCAUCUACACUCGAUUAGUUUCUAUGUAUUUAUAUAUUCGUCUCUCGACUCGGAUCAAUGUAAUUAUCCUCACGCCUUCUCCAUUUUCCUCGUCUUCUUAUUUUUUUUCUUGUAUCUUACAUAGCCGCACAUAUCGCUUCCGCCUUGAGCUUAUCGUGCGGUCGCAUCGAGCAACGUGUUGUCUCUGCCUCACUGCAUUCCGUUUUAUUAUUUAUCCUACGUUCGUAUCGCGCCUCUAGUUGUAGUAUUAUUGCACCGAUGUUGUAAGUUAAGACCACGCAUGUGACUUGAAUAUGUAUGAAUGAGCGACGUUCGGACUUUGACGACUUUAAAACGAUCGAGAGACUAGCUUCGUACGAAAGAGAUCAGAAAUGUCAAAACGACAAUUUCAAAUUCAGAGAGAAUCAUGCGUGAAAUUGUGUCAUCGGCAUUCUUUGAUCGUGGAAUAGCGAGGAAUACUUGUGAAACAGCUGGCACAAAAGUUACGUAGUAACUUUUGUUGUUUUCUCUUUAAUUUCAUUUUUCGUCUUCUAUUGAAAUUACGAAAAGUGAUUAUAAACAUACUAAGGAAAUUCGCAUGCAUUUAUUCGUUUAUAUUUUAUACUCAAAUGCUGCAAAUUCUGUAUGCAACCAAGUAUUAAAUAUGUUCCUUUUAGCUAUGUAUGUAUAUGAUCUUCAGCAAUACUUGCGUUUGAAAUUAUAAAAGCGUAUAUUCACGCAAGAAAAGAAGGAAAUAUAUCGUAAUAUUUUAUUUUAUAAUAUUAAAAAAAUAAAUAUAUAUUAUAUGGAUAUAAAAGUGUAUAUAACUAAAAGGGACAAAUCUGCGAUUUUUUUACUAAAAAUAAGAUGGCGCGCGUUUACAGAUUUUGCUUUUCAUGUUAAAAUAACAAUCGAUAUUCGAACUACUUAUUAUACUUUAUGUUCAGUCGACUCAUGUAGAUCUUAAAAUAAUAUUUUUAUAAUGCGACCUAUUAAAGAAUAUUAAUUGUAAAUGAGAA